AUGAUCCCACUGACCUCCCUAUCAUUCUUCAUACUACUCGCUAGUCCACUGAUUAACGGACAAUACGAUGCCGAUUCAUCGGGAUACGAACUUCGGACUCCCCCUCUCACGACUGAUUGGACCCAAAAAGUCGGUACGAACCCCUGGACCGAAUAUCCCCGUCCACAACAGGUCAGAGAUAAAUGGCAGAGCCUAAAUGGGAUUUGGAGGUAUCAGAAAGCGAAUUCAUCUGAAGAUAUCGAUAACGUACCUCAGAACGUGGAUGAUAAAUGGGGUAGGGCAGUGAUGAUUCCUAGUUGUAUUGAAAGUGGCUUGAGUGGUCUGCAAGUCGAUCCGAAAGAUAACGAAUUCUCUUGGUUCCAAACCAAGUUUGACGUACCUUCAGAUUGGAAAGAUCAAUCUCUACUUGUCAACUUCGGAGCAGUAGACUAUGAAGCUACUGUAUUUAUCAAUGGUAAAAACGCUACAACUCAUAAAGGUGGAUAUACUCGAUUCGACGCAGAGAUCAGCUCGUUGGUCCAAUAUGGACAGGAGAACGAGAUCACCGUUUUCGUCCGUGAUCCAACCGAUAGUGAGGAACAUAUCAUUCCCGUUGGAAAACAAACCAUUUCGCCUAGUCAUAUUUUCUACACCCCCUGUAGUGGGAUAUGGCAAAGCGUGUUUCUCGAACCUGUACCGAAAACUUAUAUUCGUAGAAUCGACUUGAGUGGAGAUAUGGAUGGUGUUGGAACGAUCAACGUGCACACAUCCGAUUCAUCCGAACAAUCUGUCAAACUUUCCAUAUCAGAUUUACAAGGUACAGCCUACGAGACCAAUGGAAAUACCGAAUCAUCCUUCAACUUCACUUUACCAGAUGUCAAGUUGUGGUCACCUAAUUCUCCCACUUUGUACAAUGUGACUGUCUCUAUGGGCGACGAUACAGUUGCGACGUACAUGGGAUUCAGGAGUAUAGGUAAAGGAGAGGUAGAUGGGGUUAUUAGGCCUUUGUUGAACGGGGAUUUCAUCUUUGCUUUUGGUACUCUUGAUCAAGGAUAUUGGCCAGAUGGACUAUACACCCCUCCUUCAUACGAAGCCUUGAAAUUCGAUUUGAACUACCUGAAGGAAUUGGGUUUUAACAUGGUUAGGAAACAUGUUAAAGUCGAGACGGACCUCUUUUACAGAGCGUGCGACGAGUUGGGUAUGUUAGUCAUUCAGGAUAUGCCAAGUACGACGGCGAGAAAGGAGUUCCCACCGAAUCAAGACCAACAAGCUCAGUACGUCAACGAGUUGAGAGAGCUAGUCAACUUGCAUAAGUCCUUUCCGUCGAUCUACACUUGGGUAAUCUACAAUGAAGGAUGGGGUCAACCUGAAGAUGGACCUGAGAUCAAGCAUGCUCCAAUGGUGAAAGAUCUGGAUCCGACCAGGCUAGUAGAUGCUGCGAGCGGUUGGCACGAUCAUGGAGCGGGAGAUUACUCUGACAAUCAUCAUUAUCCCGAUCCUCAAUGUGGCAUGCCAAAUGCCAAAGACCCCUCAGGUCCCUAUGAUCCAGCUAGGAUAGGUCUUCAAGGUGAAUUCGGGGGAUUGGGGUAUAACGUCUCGAUCGAUCAUUUAUGGAAUGUAUCUAAAGCUAUCGCGGCUAUCAAUGAAACGUAUGAGAUUGACGAAACACUUGAAAAAUGGAAUUCAAGAUCUCGCGACCUACUUAUCAUGUUGCAAAGUCAAAUUACCAACUACGCCUGUUCCGGAGCAGUGUGGACCCAGACAGUAGAUGUCGAAGGGGAAAUCAAUGGAUUGAUGACUUAUGAUAGAAGGAUGGAAAGAACCGAUAAAGAUAUUUGGAAGGCAGCCAUCUCGGAUAUAUACUCCGCAGCCUCAGGACGAGGAGCCGGCUCUGGAUCAGGUGGUAAUGCCACUAAAACUAGCAGUAACGACAGUGGAUCCAGCACGAAUACCACAAAGGCACAAUCGAAUGUAGCUACUAGCGGAUUAUCGACCAAUGAAAGUAGACAGAAUAGUUCUUCGAGGAGCGUAAGAGAUCAAAUCACAUUCAACAUGAGCGCAUUGGUGGGUUUAGGUGGGAUAUUGAUGAGUCUAUAG